AUGUGUCCAUACGAAUACGAAACAUACAAAAAUACAAAGACGUGGAAUGAAGAAUUUAAUAAAUGUGAAAAGGAUAUAAACAAUAUUAAUAUUAAUAAUAAUAACUAUUACAUUCAAGAAAACGCCGUUUUUGUUCUUGACAAUCGAGCAGUUCAAGGAAAUUCACAUUUCAAUUUCAGUGCAAUGGGUGGAAUAAAAGAAAUUGGCGACUUUUGCUUUAAAAACUACUCUUCUGCGUCAUUAAAAGAGUUGGUACUUCCUUGUGGAUUGACCAAAUUGGGUUUUGGUGCUUUUGAAAAUGCUACUACCCUUACUGCCGUUCAUCUAAAUAAAAGUAUAACAAAACUUCCUUAUAAAUGUUUCGCUGGUGAUAUUAAUUUGAAAGAAAUCAUAUCGCCAUUUGCAACAAUUGAAGUUGAAGACGGUGCACUGUGCAUGUGUGAACGUCUUGUGAGUCACCCUAAAUUUAUGUACGCAAAAUAUGUUGCUUAUGAAGACAAUUGCACAUCAAAAUUUUGCAAAAUACAAAAUGUAACAAUUCCAACAAGUGUAAACAAAAUCAAAAAUCGGUGUUUUAAACAAUUAACAUCGCUUGAGUGUGUUAAAGUAAUGAAUGCAACGUGUUUCAUUGGUAAACUAUGUUUUGUGGGAUGCAGUAACAUCAAAAGCAUUUGUUUGGAUAAAAGUGUGGUGUUCGACAAACACCUUGUAUUCGCUAAUUUGUCAUCACUCACUGCAAUUGCACUUCCAACAACACUCACAAAAGUGAGAAAUUUUAUGUUUAAAAAUUGUGUAAAAUUGGAAGACGUCACUAUGCAAGAUCAAAUUGUAAAAAUAGGCGACUCGGCUUUUCAAAAUUGUAAAUGUCUUAAGACAGCCAAUAUCCCACACAAUGUGAUAAAAAUUGGAUAUUCAUGUUUUAAAGGAUGCAGUUCUUUAAAAGAGAUAUAUUGUACGAGUUCACUGCAUUUUCCUGUUUCUAGUUUAUAUGGUGUAGAUGCAAUUAUAAAAAUCAAUUGA